AUGCACUCUUGGAUUUCAUUUCUACCGUACCUCCUUUUCCAGUUCUCCACAUGCAUAUCAGGCGUCCAAGCAAAACGAGGUGGCGGAGGCGGAGAUUCAGACGACUCCUACUCCGGCGACAAUAGCGGCGGCAGCAGCAGCAGCACCGAUUCCUGCGCCACGCCAAAACAUCCAACAAUUUGGAAAUGGGAUCUGAUCCCCAGUAAUGCAAACAAUUACACCUCCCGCGGUGUCUCGGGCGAAGACACAAGCUACGACGGGUCAUUCUUCAAGGGCGAAGCCUCCCUCCACUACACAAACACCGAGGGUGAGAGGUGUUACCGGCACAUGCGCGACACCGAGUAUACUAUACAGAUGCUCGGGUAUCUCUGGAUUGGCCCGCAGGCACCGUACCCUGUCGGCCCAACCAACCCGAUAAUAAUCGGAUUCAAGGCAUGGGAAUCGCGCAGGCCGCUGGACGAAAUUGCGGACUCGUAUAGCUAUAUCCAGUGGGACAAGAACCAGAUUGCUUGCCCCGGUUACCCGGACCUGUUCAGAAUUACGACAACCCAUGGAUGGGCUAAUUGGGAUGCGCGGGUGAACGAGGCUAGCGAUGUGAUGAAUAUGACUAUCUCCGAGGCCCCGGCUCCCGCUCAAGGGGACCAGGACCAGGACCAGGGCAGGGUCCGGUUUAACGCGACAAUGCCGGAUAGACUUGAUCAUGACCCCCGAUGGCUUCUGAGGUUUCCUGAGGGGUCAUGUUCGAAUGAUCUGAGUUACUCGUUCGAAACUCCCCCCCCGAACGACUGGCGAUGA